GAAUUUGGCGCGAGGCGUUUACGAGCAGGAAGAGGGAGAAGGCGCAGCUGUGGUGUAAACAUACAUACAAACGCGUAUCUGUGCCGAAGAGCGACUGGAAAACGGGGUUAUGCAUGCCACCCUAAUUAAAAAGAGCUGAAGAAAUCCUCGCACAAUGUCGGUUCCAGUGGAAUCUACAACGUCCAGGGUGCACCUCCCUCUCCCCGUCCACUUCUCCCACCCAGAGCAGUCCUUCUCCCUCAAAAAGCGCCGAUUCCCAUUAUCCUCAUCGUCCACCUCCAAUUCCUCCAGCGCCUCCCCUGUUCGAGGCUCCUACCUCCCGCCACUGCCACCAUCCAAGGGAUGGCCCUCGGUGAGCAGGAUGUUCCCUCAGCAUCAGUCCCCGUGGACGCCGCUGUCCGAUUCUCUGUGUAAAUCCCCCCCUCCCUGCUCGGAGUAUGAUCCCAGUAAACAUAAAUCCUAUUUUGGACACUGCUUCACUAAUUUGGGCCUUCUUGGGAGAGGAUCCUUCGGAGUGGUUUAUAAGGUGCAAAACAAAAAGGAUGGUCGUCUGUACGCCGUGAAGCUGUCUGCCCAGCGCUUCAGGGGUGUCGGCGAGCGGAAGCGAAGCGUUAGAGAAGCCAGGAACCACGAGCGCAUUUGUCCUCAUCCUCACAUUCUGGAUUUUGUGGCAGCGUGGGAGGAGAGCGGCCGACUGUUCAUCCAAACGGAGCUGUGCAGCACCAGCCUGCUGCUGUACGCUGAGAACAAGCCUCCUGGUCCAGACGAGCCAGCGGCGUGGGGCUACCUGUGCGACCUCCUAUCUGCUCUGCACCACCUCCACUCUCGUGGUUUUAUACAUUUGGACCUCAAACCCGCCAACGUCCUGAUCACGGACUCCGGCCGACUCAAGCUGGGCGACUUUGGGCUGAUGCUGGACAUGAGUCAGGCGGGAGAUGAUGAGUGCAGAAACGGCAAGGCGAAGGAGGACAUCCAGGAGGGAGAUCCAAGAUACAUGGCUCCGGAGCUGCUGCGCGGGGAAUACGGACCUGCCGCAGAUGUUUUUAGUUUGGGUGUUUCUAUUCUGGAGCUCGCCUGUAACCUAGAAGUUCCUAACGGCGGCCCGGGAUGGCAGCAGCUCAGACGGGGUCACCUUCCCUCAGAGUUUACCAACGGCCUGUCUGUGGAACUGCAGUCAGUCCUGAGGAUGAUGCUGAUCCCAGAACCGUCUGAGAGACCUACAGUCUCAGAGCUCCUGGCUCUGCCUUCUGUCAGGAAACGCCGAUGGAAAAGGCGCUUUUAUCUCACGGUUGCUGAGACCAUGUUGGCACUGAUCUCCUUCUGCCAGCUUGUGGCGUGCUUCGGCUGCAAGCUCCUCUCCUCGGUUCCCUUCCCGUUUCCGCCUUGCUGGUCGAAGCCGGAGCCUCGUACGCCCCCGAAGGAGAGCUGCGACCGAGACGCGACGCUGAGCCUCAGCUCCCUGCACACUGACCCAGGAAGUCCCGAGGAUGAUGAGGGGGUUUUUCUGCAUCACACGGACCCAGAACUUUCCCCCACCUUUGCACACAGGGUUAAAUUCCGACUGCCGGUGGAAAGCACAUCCACUCCUCUCCCAGGUUCAUCGAUGCACAGCCGGCAGAGCCCCGACCACACGUCCCUGAUAUCUACGCAGUCGGUUCUGGGAGACUGGUCCUCCUGUAACUUGACUCUGACUCCAUCCAGCAUCCAGUCGAGCGGCUCCUGUCUCUCACCGACACCCGACGCCAGCCCCAUACACGCAGAGCAUCAUCCAAGCUCUUCGUCCUCUAAGCGGCACAGGCGUAACUGGGUCGCCACAGACAAGGCGGCGCCGCCGCGCCCCAACUUUGAACCAAAGAACCUGCUCAGCCUGUUCGAUGAAACGACUCUAGAGGGAGAGCCUUAGGAACGUUGUGCAUCCCUCUUGGACAUAUGAACUAAGAUUAUUUAGUGUCGCUUUGCGUUUUCACAUAAUGCAAAGCAACACCAAGUUUUUUGCAUUUUGUAAGUUUUUGCAGGUUUUUUUUAAAAAAAAAAGUGUUUUUGAAAAACAAUGAUUCAGGGAAAGGGUUUGAAUAUAUAAUCAGACCUUUAAAGCACUUUUUUUAUUUUUUAGAUUUGUGUAAAUGCAGACAGUUUUGUAAAACUGCCGUGGCGUGAUCAAUUGUGUGAUGAAGCCCAGAGUAAUUUUCCCUAAGCAGCUGCAAAAGAAAAGUUUGCAGGCACCUUGCAGUGUCCGCUGUGGCUAUGAAGCUUAGGAAAAGGCAAAGUCUGACUAGUCAGGGUUUGUUUUCUUCAUUUCUGUUACUGUUUUUGUGAUGUUAUGAGCGUGGGAGGUCUAGAACUCCAAUAUCCAGCAUGCAACGGGGUUCAGGUGCAUGUAGCUCCAAAAGAAGGCUGUUGUGGAAUGCAUAGACAAUAUGAUUUUAUCAUAAUAUUAAUAUUAUAUCAUAAUAUAAUGUCUGUGGUGGAAUGUAGCACUGUACUUUGGAGUUAUGCUGGUGCUAUUAAGUAAACCUACAAAAAACACA